AUGGCCUCCUUCUCUGAGCUCGCCUGCAUCUACUCCGCCCUCAUCCUCCAUGACGACUACGAGGUGACUGACGAGGUGAAGGUCAACGAGGAUAAAAUCAAUGCCCUCAUUAAAGCAGCUAGUGUCAAUGUAGAACCUUUCUGGCCUGGCUUGUUUGCAAAGGCCCUGGCCAAUGUCAACAUUGGGAGCCUUAUAUGCAAUGUAAGGCCUGGUGGGCCUGCUCCUGCAGUUGGAGCCCCACCAGCAGGCAGUCCUGCCCUCUCCACCGCUGCUGCCCCAGCUGAGGAGAAGAAAGUGGAAGCAAAGAAGGAAGAAUUCAAGGAGACUGAUAACAACAUGGGCUUUGAUCUUUUUGACUAA